CUGGACCCUGUAGUAGCGUCAGUCUCGGUGUAACAUCACCGUGUUACACCCCUAGUAGAGAAGUGCCUUCUAGUCAAUACGACGUCAGCCAUGGCUGCCCAGUGUGUAACCAAGGUGGAGCUGACUGUGUCAUGUGCCAACCUCCUGGAUAAAGACAUUGGCUCCAAGUCGGAUCCUCUGUGUGUCCUGUUAAUGGACACCUCUAACUCCCAGUGGUAUGAGAUCGGGCGCACAGAGAAAGUCCAGAAUUGCCUCAACCCAAACUUCGCCAAAAAGUUUGUCAUUGACUACUACUUUGAGAUGGUGCAGAAACUGAAGUUUGGGAUUUAUGACAUCGACAACAAGACAAUUGACCUGAGUGAUGACGACUUCCUGGGCCAGCUGGAGUGUACUUUGGGCCAGGUUGUGUCCAGUAGAAAACUGACCCGACCGCUCGUCUUGAAGAACAAGUCGCCCGCAGGAAAAGGAACCAUCACAAUCAGUGCUGAAGAAAUAAAAGACAACAGGGUGGUGAAUUUUGAAGCGGAAGCAAGGAAAUUGGAUAACAAGGAUUUCUUUGGGAAGUCCGACCCUUACCUGGAAUUCUACAAGCAGACAGAAACUGGGUGGCAGCUGGCUCACAGGACAGAGGUGGUGAAGAAUAACUUGAAUCCAACAUGGAGACCCUUUCGAAUCCCUCUGCAGUCUCUCUGUGGAGCAGACAUGGACAAACCUAUAAAAGUGGAGUGUUACGACUAUGACAACGACGGCUCUCAUGAUCUUAUUGGAAUCUUUGAGACCACGAUGACACGCCUCCAAGAAGCAUCGAGAACUUCUCCGGCAGAGUUUGAGUGCAUCAACAGUAAAAAGAAACAGAAGAAGAAAGGCUACAAGAACUCUGGCGUUGUGAGCGUGAAGCUGUGCCAGGUGGUGAAGGAGUACACGUUCCUGGAUUAUAUUAUGGGAGGCUGUCAACUCAACUUCACUGUGGCUAUCGACUUCACAGGCUCCAACGGGGACCCCAAGUCUCCUCAGUCUCUGCACUACAUUAGUCCUCAGGGUGUCAACGAGUACCUCUCUGCUAUCUGGUCCGUGGGCAACGUCAUCCAGGACUAUGACAGUGACAAGAUGUUCCCCGCCUUUGGCUUUGGAGCUCAGAUCCCCCCCACAUGGCAGGUCUCCCAUGAAUUUCCUCUCAAUUUCAACCCGUCAAAUCCAUUCUGCGCAGGUGUUGAAGGGGUGGUGGAGGCCUACAGGGUUUGUCUGCCCCAGGUCAAACUCUACGGUCCCACCAACUUCUCCCCCAUCAUCAACCAUGUGGCCUGCUUUGCUAAACAAGCCCUCCAGCAGACCACCGCAUCACAAUACUUUGUUCUGCUCAUCAUCACCGAUGGAGUGAUCACAGACAUGGAUGCGACACGCAACGCCAUUGUCAACGCCUCUCGUCUGCCCAUGUCCAUCAUCAUCGUGGGAGUUGGGGGGGCGGACUUCAGUGCCAUGGAGUUCCUGGAUGGAGACGAUGGGCGUCUGCGCUCUCUGAGUGGCGAGGCUGCCAUGCGGGACAUCGUCCAGUUUGUGCCAUUUAGGCAGUUCCAAAAUGCUCCUAAAGAAGCACUGGCAAAGAGUGUGUUGGCAGAAGUUCCAGGUCAGAUGGUGGACUUUUUGAACACCAUGAAGCUGAGUCCGCCAAACUCCAAUCCUGCACCAAACCCUGCAGAGACCAGCUAAUGCUCUAAAAACCAGACAAGGAAGAAACAGACCUGCAGCAUCUCCUGCACAACCAGAUCUUGACUUCAUCUCAUUACACAAUUACAUAUCUUCUCUCACUACACUUCGUUAGCCAACCCUCAGCUAAAUACCAAUAUGCACUUAGUUGAAGACACCCAAUACGUGCUAUGCAAGAACCAAUCUGUCUCUUUUUAGUGUCAAAACAGGUCUAGCUGUUUUUGGACAGUAACAUCCAUGCAUGCUCAUAUUAGCAGUUGAUCAGUGCUUGUGCAGUUUAGAAAACAAGGAACAAUUAUUUUAAAAAAUCAUUCCAUCAAGUUGUUGGGAACAGCAGUCAAGAUAAAUAGCACAAGCACACAAACUGAAUGCUGCAAACACUUAAUGUUUCCACAGCUCUGACACAAGAGACUUACCAGAAACACUAUACUACAUCAUUAUUAUUCACCAUGCAUCAUAGAUUAGAGAUCUAGCAACAAAUCCAACUUAAUAUCAUCUUCCAAUCAUGACAUCAAAAAGCUGGUGUGACUGGGUACAGCCUAUUGGUUUGUGGACCCCACCCACAUACAGUAUGUUUACAACCUCAAAAGAAAUGGCUGCAGUAGUAUAGUUAUGUGCAUAUAGCCAAAUAGCUUUAUAGUUGCUGUUGUUUUGGCAAAUAGAGUUUGUAUUAUUAUAAAUGUGUAUUAUUGAACACGCUUCCCUUUGCACUCUUCUAUAAUAACCUCACUCAUGUAUUAUAAAAAUGUUAGCCAUUUAAGUCCAUGCCAAUCCUUCCUGUAUGUGAGUUGAAAGUUCAUGUUAAUUAAAAUCUGUAAACCAUGAAGUAUAAAUCUGAAAUAUUUGGGCAGAAUUAGAUUUAGUUUACUGUGGUUUACUAUUGUGCCAGUGACAUCUGUCAGUUUGCCUUUUAUGUUUCAUAGAGUAGUGAAGACACAAUGGUGGAAGUUUCCUGGACAAGUCCCAGACUAAAUGUUACUCAAUGAUACAACCAUUGAGUUAUGAUUUAGUCAAAGUUUAAUCUUUGUCUUUGAAAUUGUCAUGUGUACAUCAGUAUUAAACAUU